AUGACUACACUUAAGCUGCCGUUUCUGAGAGAUACUAUGUCAUCGAUUUGCCAAACAAAACAAAAACAGGCGGGAGGGAAAAGGGUCUUAGCGUGUCCCUCUCUCAUGAGUUCUUUACUCCCUCCCACGAACCAAGCCGGCAUUCCCGUGCCUAAAACCCCGCAAAAUCCUGCGACAUUCGACGAUAUCGGCCGAGCGGUACUGUAUCUUCGAGCACUUGAGUGGACGCGAAUGGGUCCCCAUCCGAACCCUGCGACAGAUCGCGAGAUAGGCGAGGCUGAGGUGUACAAAACCGCCUUGAUCCUCAGUUGCAUGUUUGGGAGUCAAACUGCACCACCAUGGCUGGCGGGUUUCCGCGAUCAUAUUCAACAUGUACAGGCACUCACCAACGCCGGUCCUAGAAACGACACCAAUGCCACCCGCAGCACCAAUGAUGCCCUCCGCACCGAUGACGGGCAACAGAUCCCUAGCCGUGCAGAGAAUGGGGGAUCUUCGCAAGGGGCCUCUGGGGUAUGA